AUUAUCACUGCAUAUACUGCAUGAAUACAAUUCGUUUUGUGAAGAGGACCAGCUGCGGAACGAUUCAGCGAACAUGUGCUGGGUGCUCAGCUACAUUAACAAGCAACUACUAACAGCUUUCCGAAAUGAUUGGUAACAAAAUGAACGCUCUUACAGUACUGUGUUUUCUCAUCUAUUUAAGAACAUUCGUUUCAACGAAACCAAGAAUUGAGCAAGAAAAUGUGACAGACAUUGUUACUGUUCAACAAGAUCGUCUGAAACGAGCAAUAGACAAUCACGGAUGUGAUGCUUUGGUUGAUAGCUGUGGCUCGAAAGGAGCCUGUUGCGAUGAACAUGAUGAUUGUUAUGCUCAACACGGAUGUACUGCAUGCAGUUGGAUAUGGUCAGAUUCACCUUGUGAUUCAUGCAAUAACGAAGUUAUGCAAUGUAUAACAUGGCAAAAUCCAGGACCAAGUCGAUGUUGUGCAGCUGGUAAUUGUGGACAGAAACGUCAGGGUUAA